AUGAUGUCUGCCCAGUGCACCUGGCCGUGUGCCAGCUCCCUGCUGCUGCUGGCUCUGCUGUGCUGCAUCCUUUCUCCUCCAGCACAAGCCAGCAAGAGCUCAGAGGACAUUCGCUGCAAGUGCAUCUGUCCCCCGUACCGGAACAUCAGCGGACACAUCUACAACAAGAAUGUGUCACAGAAGGACUGCAACUGCCUGCACGUUGUGGAGCCGAUGCCGGUGCCCGGGAAUGACGUGGAAGCCUAUUGCCUGCUCUGUGAGUGCAAGUACGAGGAGCGCAGCACCACCACCAUCAAGGUGAUCAUCAUCAUAUACUUGUCCGUGGUGGGGGCACUGCUGCUCUACAUGGCUUUCCUUGUGCUGGUGGAUCCUCUGAUCCGCAAGCCAGAUGCUUACACCCAGCCCCUGCACAAUGAGGAGGAAAAUGAGGACCCUCACUCCUUGGCCGUGCCCGGCGCCAGGGCCAACACGGUGCUGGAGCGGGUGGAGGGUGCCCAGCAGCGCUGGAAGCGCCAGGUGCAGGAGCAGAGGAAAACGGUUUUCGACCGCCACAAGAUGCUGAGCUAG